AUGCUGUCGUCCUCACUGCGCCGGGCUGCAUGGGCUCCUAUGGGGCCCAUCGCCGGCAUGUCUCGCGCAACCAGCCAAAGUAUUACUACCUCCGCGAACGGCCUCAUCGGCUCGUCACAACAUGUGCGUCAACGCCGAUACUCCUCUUCGUCCUCGAAACCCAGCGAUGGAUCUAAUAAAGUCGAUUCUUCCUCUCAGACGCCUGCCAAGGGAGUGAAUUCUGCAGAGAAACGUGAGGGGAAGGCUUCCAGACGGAGGGGCAAGGAUAGCAACGGCCGCAAUGGCUCCAAGCAGCCGACGGCUUUUUCCCGACUUCCCAGUGUUCCCUCUACCCAACACCUCCAGCCGCAUGACGUUCACGUCGCCUCCUUCUUUUCCAUCCACCGACCCAUCUCCGUUUCCACCACCGUUCCUCCGACCUCGACCCCCGAAGCCUUCGACGCCAUCUUCACCGCAAAGAAGCCGGCUAAGCCUGAGGUGGACGAUGUCAUCUUCACCCUCUCCUCCGCCGUCAACUCCAUGGAGAACUCCGCUGCCCACUCCGGCGAGCAGGAGGGCUCUCUGCAGUACUUCGACAUGGAAGGCAACCAGCUGGAUGGCAUGAACCUUUCCGAUCUGAAAGUCUCCGUCGAGGAACUCACCAAGCGUCUCCGUCCCUUCCACCCCCCUCCGCCGCCUGUUCCCUUCGACGAAGCGAAGAACAUGACUUCCUCCGAGUUCGAGGACGUCCCCCGGGAGACCUCCAGCUACUCCACCGUCCUGACCAUCCACGAGUCGAUACACUCGGAUGGUCGCAAGACCUACGAGGCUCACACUGGUCCCUUCGUGCCCUCCGGUGAGAUGGAAGCUCCCGGUGCCAUUGGAGAGAGUGAGGCCAUCAUUGAUGUUCCCCACAACUCCGGCACCACCUACAUGGAGCGUAUCCGCAACAACCGCACCAUGCACGCCAUUAGCACCAAGAGACGUCGCAGACUGAAGAUGAAGAAGCACAAGCUGAAGAAGCUGCGCAAGAGGACAAGGACCCUGAGACGGAAGCUUGAGAAGGCUUGA